AUGGGAGAAAAGGAAGAAUCCAACUCGAUCACCAGACCAUCAGCCGACAAAACAACCCCUUAUCUCAGCUCAACGCCGGUCAGUAAUACGGCGGAUGAACGCGCUAAUGAUUGUCAGGAAACAUAUGCACUGACUAUCCAACACAGAGGAAAAAAUCCAGAAACAUCAUGUGACCGGAAAGAACCGGGGCCCAAAGGAAUCAUUAUCCAAAACCCGGAGUCGCAGCGAAAAGAAAAUUCAGCGUUUCCUCCAGAAACAAUUCAGCGAUAUCAGCGAAUCAGACGAAAUCUCCAGCCACUAAUGAGGCCUCACGACAUACUACUCACUCCUGACAUGUACUCGCUACCAAACAACGCAGAAAUCUUUCCAUGCCAUACUAGACAGACGCAGGCACACUUCAUCUAUAAAAUGCUUGACGCUUUCCAGCACUUUCUGACUUCCUAUAAAGAAGGGCUAGGCAUUACUGUUCUGGCAAGCAGAGGAGCCAGACAAAAACUACAGGAAAAAGAGAAAUGCACACGAUUGGUAUUUCUCAGUUAUGUGAGCCUGCACUUGGAAGAUUGGGAGGACUCGCUGUAG